AUGUUUGCCCUGCGAGACGCAAUUUACCUGAUCGAACUGGCAUUCUAUGCCCCCAUCGUCCCUGCUAUCCUCUUUAUCAUUCUACUCCAUGGCAACAAGUACCCUUACACAUGGCGUCCCGUCGUAAUUCCCCUCAUUAUUCUUUCCGGCUUGCGAAUCGCCGCAGCAGGACUCGGCCUAGCAGCUAUAGACCCCGCAAAAUCCAAUCUCCUAACAACAGCCACCGUCCUAGACACAAUCGGCCUCGCACCAGUCCUGUGUCUCUUGAUAGGACUUCUGAUUCGAGCCAACGCCCCCGUAUACAAAGGCCUCCCUCUCUGGGUUUUCAUCCCGCUGCAAAUGAUCACCAUACCAGCUACAGUGAUGACCGCAUACGGCGGCCGAGACCUCUACACAAGCCGAGAUAGUCAAGCGCAAGACCUCCGCUUGAUGCGCGCCGGGAUCAUCCUCUUCAUCGCCCUUUUUGCUGGGACCGUUCUCCUCUCCGUCAUAACUAUGCUCAAAGUCCGGGUGAAGCUCUACCGCAGUGAACGUGCGGCUGUUGUUUGUGCUUUGCUCUGUGUGCCCUUUAUGAGUGUCCGGUUGGCAUUUUCGGCUGGAUCGUUGUUUUCAGGGGAGCGGUCCGUGUUGAACCCGAUGUCGGAGGAUGAGACAAGUAUUUGGCUCCAUUUCCUUAUGGUCAUUGUUAUGGAGUAUAUAGUUACACUUUCUGCCACGGCUGUUGCUCUGACUGCGAGGAAGGUGGUGGUUCUGACGCCGGGAAGGGUUGAUCCUCUCAAGGAUGAGGAGAUUUGA